AUGCAUCAGUGGGAGGACAGAGAGGAGGAUUCCUCUAAACCUCUCUGUAAAUAUGACAGCCAGACCAAAGCUCAGAGACCAGACUACCUGACCGGGACCCGCACCUGGGACCGGGACCGACCUGAUUCCGGACCGGGACCCAGCUGUGUGUCCCUGAAGAGUAUGGGAAAACCUGUGAAUUUCAAAGAUGGAGUUCAGUCUGUUCGGAUCCAUCAGCAGAGAGAUGACUCUCCUCGAGCUGGACCGGGACCCAGCUGUGUGUCCCUGAAGAGUGACCGGUCUAUGGGAACCCCAAUGUCAUUUAAUGAUUUCAAAGAUGGACUUCAGUCUGUUGAGCUAAGAGUUCAGCAACAGAGAUCCCAAGUGAUCCCAGGAGACCUGGACCCCAUAUUUAAGCUGCUUGAGAAGAACAUUGUCAGCUUUAUGAAGAGCGAGCUGAAGAAGAUGCAAAAGGCCCUAAAUCCAGAUUACCCAGAAGGCCCUGCUGGUCAGAAGGAAGAUGAGGAGGUGUUGGACGGUGAGGAUGAAGAGCAGAUGAGGAGCAGCAGGGAAGCAUUUCUGAAGAUCACACUAAACUUCUUGAGGAGAAUGGAGCAGGAGGAGCUGGCUGACUGUCUGCAGAGCAGUAAGAGGAUUUUAAAGACUUUACAAUGA